GCGCGCACGGGCACGCGCUCACGAACAUACAUACACACACAGCUGCGAGAAAAGAGAAAGCGAGAGAGUCGAGGAGUGUGUGCGGCGGCCUCGCGCUUAUAAUGGCUGCCAGAAAAAGCAGAGCUGAGGAAAAUCGGUUACAUUGGGAAUAAGAUUCGUGCACAGGUGAGGAAGAAGAGGAUGGUGAGCAGUCAGGCCAAGUACGAGCUGAUCCAGGAGGUGGGCCGGGGCAGUUACGGUGUGGUGUACGAGGCGGUUGUACGGCAAACGGGUGCUCGCGUGGCUGUGAAGAAGAUCCGCUGUCACUCCCCAGAGAACGUAGAGCUGGCCUUGAGGGAAUUCUGGGCCCUGAGCAGCAUCCAGAGUCAGCAUCCCAACGUCAUCCACCUGGAGGAGUGUGUUCUCCAGAGAGAUGCUCUUGCCCAGAGAAUGAGCCAUGGCUCCAGCUCCUCACUCUAUCUCGAGUUGGUGGAGACCUCCCUGAAAGGUGAGAUCACGUUUGACCCCUGCUGCGCCUACUACAUGUGGUUCGUAAUGGACUUCUGUGACGGUGGAGACAUGAACGCCUACCUCCUGUCCCGCAAACCCAGCCGCAAGACCAACACCAGCUUCAUGCUGCAACUGGGCAGCGCUCUUGCCUUCCUGCAUCGAAACCAGAUCAUCCACCGAGAUCUCAAACCUGACAAUAUUCUUAUCUCACAGGGCCGCACCCCAGCGGGGUCCCCUGAACCCACCCUAAAGGUGGCUGACUUUGGCCUCAGCAAGGUCUGCUCCGGUUCGGGCCUAAACCCUGAGGAACCAGCAAGCGUUAACAAGUGUUUCUUGUCCACAGCUUGUGGGACGGACUUCUACAUGGCUCCUGAGGUGUGGGAGGGCCACUACACUGCUAAAGCUGACAUUUUUGCUUUGGGGGUUAUCAUAUGGGCCAUGGUAGAACGGAUAACAUUUGUGGAUGUGGAGACUCAGAAGGAGCUUUUGGGGAGCUACGUACAGCAGGGUGAGGAUAUUGUCCCAUUGGGGGAGGCUUUGCUGGAGAAUCCCAAGAUGGAGCUUAACAUCCCAGCCCGGAAAAAGAGUAUGAAUGCUGGCAUGAAGCAGCUGAUUCGAGAGAUGCUGUCGGCCAAUCCACAGGAGCGUCCUGACGCUUUUGAGCUGGAGCUCAGGCUGGUUCGGAUCGCAUGCAGGGAACUUGAUUGGGAUACGUGAAGGGACAGUUUCUUGGACAUUGGGUAAAUUUCUAGUACAACUGGCUUUGAGCUUGAAGUGAAUACAAGAACGUAUUGUUUGGCCCUGUCCCAAUUGGCACACUUGAUGUGGACUUGGAGUCUUGUUUUUCUUCGCUUGGUAAUGUCUGUGAAAUCUACAAAAAAAAAAAAAAUGUGUAAAGAUUUUGAGGAAUACCACACUGGUUGAUAGUGCCAUUUGGGACAGGGCCUUUUGUGAGCAGGAAUGGGUUUUUUAAUGGGCAAUUGCACUGGUCCUUGGUCUCUUCUUGAUAUUCUUACAGUUUAGUACAAGUGAUGAUAAACAGCCUUUUUAAUGUUAAUGCUUAUUAUUGUCUCAUCUGUUCACAAGCACAUUGGGAUUUUCAUUGACAAGAGUCCAGAGGGGCUUUACAAGGGUUUCAUUAAUGGAAAAAAAAACAUAAGAGAUCCACCUUCCAUUGACCAUAAGCCACAGUGACGUAGAUAAAGAGUGGUCCACAGAAUUCCUAGAACAUUCCAGCAGAGAGCAUGUAGAUUAGGGCUGGGCAGUAACAACAACAACAAAAAAAAAGAAGUUUGUAAAAUAAUUUGACUACGUGAAGUAUUCAAGGGAUAGUCCACCACAAUAUUAUUACCAUUUACUCACCCUCAAGUGGUUAUACUUUCUUCUGUUGAACACAAAGUUAUUUUGAAGAAUGCAGAAAAAAGGAUACCAUUGAUUUUCAUAGUUGGAUAAACAAAUACUACAACAUUCAAUGGUUUUUAUCAUUCUUUAAAACAUCUUCUUUUGUGUUUAACGGAUGAAGAAAACUCAAAACAGGUUUGGGCAAAGUGAAGGGUGGAGUAAAUGAUAACAGACUUUUUUUUUUUUGUGAACUAUUCCUUUCAAUACUUUGAUUGCUCUUUAAUUUGAAGGUUUAGGAAUUUUAAUGGCUCAAAAAAAAAACAUUAAAAUCAUUGUGAUGUUCGUCAUGUUUGUUCACAUUGUCACUAACAAUAUAAGUGUCAACAACAACAACCUGUAUGUCAUAUAAGUUCAGUAUAACGCCCAGCCCUUACGUUGAUUUAACACAGAACAGCUUCCUUUUUUUUUUUUCUCCCUUCUUGGGAACUAUUUAGUUCUUCUUGAGAGCUAAGCUAACCUCACUCCUGGUGCUAAUUCAACCUGCAAUGCAAAAUGGGAAAACAUGCAGCAAACAACAGCUUUUUUUACAGGUUCCUUUUUUUCCGAGCUCAGUUUAACAGAUUUUUUACAACACAAACAGUGUUUGUUUUUUCUGAACUUCACACACAAGGGCUUCAGGGAGUUGUAUUUGUAUCACUCAAUUUGAAAACAGUGUUUUUUCAGUCUUUUCUACACACAAAUAAAAGGAAAGUUCAAGGCAAUAGUUUUUAGUCUGCCAAAAGGCAUGCGGUAGAUUGUAAUAUUUGUCAUUUUAAAUACCCAUUUCAAGCCAAUUCAGACAUGAUAUCUUACACAAACUGACUAAAUAAACCACUAAAAAAGGCAGCUCUGUGUGUCUGAAGGAUGUGUGUCCAUUUUGGAGCACCAGGUGUAAAAUGAUUCGACGUAACAUUGCAUUUUUUUGCUCUUUGACACUUUCCAUAUAGAGGGUCAAUGGUAAAGUAAAUGGUUUAGAAAAAAAACAUUAAAUGAAUCAUUUAUUUUCUGUU